AUGACUUUCAAAGGCUCCAAGCCUUUGAGAGCUGCCAAGGGCACCAAGCCCCUGGCACUUGGUAGGGGACACACCAAACAUUCCCCUGGUGUAAUAGAUGUCAAAGAGAACAUACCAUUGACCAUGAAAUGUCUCCACACAAAGAUGGUUGGAGAUCAGCAAAGGAAGGGAGAUGCAAGCCUUGAACUCACCAGAGGGCAAAUUGAAAAGACUCUAGUAUUGGAAGGAGAAGACAGAACUGGGGGUAGCCAUGACAAACCAUCGGUCUUAAUAGAUAAUGGAGGGAAUGCUGUGUUAACCAGGAAAGUGCAAGGUUCUAUAUACUGUGUAGAUAUCAGCAAUGCUAGUGUUGUCAGAGGAACAUUGGAUGAUGUGACUCUAUUUCAUGGGCUGGCACUCUGA